AUGGAAACCAUCUCCUCCCUCUUCUUCCAAUCUCGUCUCUUCCUCCUCUCUUCUCGACGCCGUCGACCCAGUCAAACACUGCAACCGGCACGGACGUGGGCGUGGGGAGGCGACGCUACUGUGAACGCAGCGUCGCGGCCAUGGAUGGUGGUGUAUGUGCCGGCACUGGCCAUGGGUGGAGGCGGCCUCUCACUUAACAGGGAACAAAAAAUCAAAAGAAGAUCUGCUCUUUCCUGUUGUCACUUAUCUAUUUCGUUUGAAUAUAGCCUGUCUGAUGUUUAUGGUUGGCUGUUUGGUAAUGGUAUGGGCAAUGCAGUUUUCUUGUUUCGAACUCAACUCUCAACCGAGAAUGAAAAGUUCUGGGCUCACCAAUCUCCUCUUCCCAGUCCCUCUGUGUUGAAUUGGGAUGGUUCACAUAAAUUUAGUGAUCCUCAGAGCUUACAUGUUAGUACACAUGGUGUGGAACUUGAAGAAUACUCAAAGUGUCUAAUUUACCUUACCAGUUUUGAUGUGGUUUAA